UUGUAUUGUGAUAUUUUAAAAGAUUAAAAAAUUAAGGGGAAAAAAAGUCACAUGACUGACUUAUUUUCCUCAUACAUACAUAUAAAUAUUAACCUGAAAUCUUCUUUUUUUUCCCCCUCAUAAAUUCAUGUCCCUGAUACCAGUCAAAUAUCCAAAUAAGUUUGCCCUGGGAUUUAGUCUGCUAUACUCUUGAGCCCACAGAUCAGGUCAUAAAUAGCUGGUUAAGUCCUGUCUAGUGUUUGUAAAUCUCUUUGGCUUGAGUUUGGAGGAGGGAUCAAGCGUCUAUAAAAGACGAAGUGACGCAAGUUUUCACACAGCACUUCCUGAAGCUCAGCCGAGCAGGUAGUAAGAGACAUCGCACACAUAUGUCCUUUAAUACCGAAAAAAAAAGAUAAUAUUUUAAGGAUUUCAGAGGAUAAUGCAAUGAUCAAAAUGAAAGCACACAUCAGCUCAGUGUGACCACUUUGGGGGAAAAGUAAUUUUGAAGGAGGAUUUCACUAUUAGAUUGCUGAAGAUGACUUGUGCAAACAUGAUGCCGCGGUUUGGUCCUUCUGUCUCCGUGAGGUCGGUGGACGUGGCCGUGGGCUUCAGGUGCAGAGGCUCUCCACACAUCAACCACCUGCUCGGCGUGUCUUCUCCCAAACCCCUGCGGCCCUGCAUCUCCCAUCAGCCGGUGUUUGAGUACAGACACUCCCCUUCAAAGGGCCUCAUCAAAAGCGGCCGCAGGGAGAAACGCGUCGCGUUCGCGGACGCCAAAGGGCUUUCACUCAUCACAGUGCGCCUGUUCUCCGAGAAGGAGGACAAAAUCCCGCGCGAUCCGCUGAAAAUACCCCGACUGAAGAAGCUGAGCUGCGCCACAGAGCCUGCUAAUAAGACUUUGAGGUUGAGUGUGGGGUUCGAGCAGCCCUGCAGAGAUUUCCAGGGGUUCAGAAGUCGGCUUCAGGAUCACAUGGUGCUGUUGGAGAGCUGCGACGUCAGCAAACGCUGCAUUCUGGGCACCGUGCGCGUUAAGAACGUCUGCUUCGAGAAAGCGGUACACAUCCGGAUUACUUUCGAUACCUGGCGCAGUUACCGGGACGUACCGUGUACGUACCUGGAUCAGUGUUACGGGGAACCUGGAACUGACGUGUUUGAGUUUAAAAUCAGUGUUCCUGAACGAAUAGACCCGCGCGAGCGCAUCGAGUUCUGCGUGUCCUACUUACCGGGUGCUCUCGGUGCCACUGAAUGGGACAAUAAUGAUGGCAAUAACUACUGUAUUAAUGUGUGUGGCGCUGAAUCUGCUGCUGUCUAGUGACAGUUUCACUGUGUCCGCAUUAAGACGGAACCAACUUUGCACUUUGUCACCUGCGCUGACCUAUGGCAAGCCGUUUUAGCUUAUAUUGUUUUCAGCGUUACUCAAUUGCAUUUUUGCUAGUAAGAAUUCAAUUGUAGAGCUCUGUAAUUAAAAUGAAUGGAAGUCAAUGGAGACAUAUGACUAGUAAAAAUUAAUUUGUAGAGCUCUCUAAUUGGAAUUGUUACUUGUAAGAAUGCAAUUACGACGAGUAACGCUGGGAACAAUUUAAGGUAAAAUGGCUUGCCAUACUGACACAGAACUAGCACAGAACUGACUGAAAGUACGGAGCCCCGCACAUGACAUGCAAGAAAAAAAAUUUAAUCGUGCGCACGAUUUACUAAUUCGUUCCCUCGAUUUAUAAAUCAUGCGCAAGGAACGAAAUAGUAAAUCGUGCGCACGAUUUAGUAAAUCGAGGGAACGAAAUAUAAAUCGUGCGCACGAUUUAGCCUACAAUUUUUUUCCCUGCAUGUCAUGUCCGGGGCUCCGUAGAAACGCUGUGCCAUGAUCACUGUUCACAGUGUUUCCAGAAAUUAUUUUUUAAAAAAUUGAUGCUUGUAAUAUUGGGUAUAUUAACAAAUGUGUAUAAAUAUCUUAUGGGAAUGUUUAUUAAAGCUUUACAUACUGUGGAUAAUGUAUUUUUAUGGGAAAUGUUUAUAUCAAACAAAUUUAAAAUGAAUAUAUUUUGUAAGAUUAAGCACUAAAACCCUUUCAUACUGUGGAUAAUUUAAAGUUUUUAUAGUAUUUUAUUGUAUAAAAUAAAGUGUCUAAGUAAUAUUCA